AUGGCAGACGAAAUCCCCGGGUCAGAAGCGACGCCAGCCAUUUCUCGCGCAUCCCCUAUCGUCGAGAAGGCUCCAAACAGCAACACAACGGUCGCCGCCACGCCGGGGCCGCAGCCGCCUUCUGAAACAUCUCAAAAAGAUGUCGUCAUGUCCGAUGCUCCAACUGAUCAGGCGCCAUCGCCAGCUCCCGCCAACCUAGCUCCAAGUCCAGCUCCCGUUCGAACAGGCACUCCAGCUCUGGGUUCACGGGCACCAUCGGUACAUCCCGACCACGGCUUUACCAUGCCUUCAGAAGCAGUUGCACAUGGCGAUUCCACAAGGAGAUACCUAAACACGAAAGUAACCGGUGCACUACUCGAGGGUAUGAAGCAAUUGGCCAAGAACCAGCCAACGGACCCCCUACGAUUCCUCGGCGAAUAUCUUAUUCGGAAAUCCAAGGAAUCGGAAGGCAACAGCUGA